UAGAGAUUGUAGAUAUUGUGGCUGAGAUACAGAUACGUUAGCUGAGCGCGUCCAAUACUUUAUUUACAAACGUUUAUUGCGAAGAUAAAUCCAGCAAGGAGUUUAAUAGCCACUAUCAAUAUUUGUUUAACAAAUAAGCAAUGAGAGCAACCGCACUGAUGUGAGCUAAAGCUAAAAUGUAUCCACAAGAUACACAAGCAUAGCCAUAGCCCCAGCAAGCUCAGAUGCGUAUGGCGAAUUAACACAAACGCGUUAAUACAAUUAGUUGAAAAGUGAAAAAUCUCAAUUGUGCCGGCAUAUAAAAAUACAACCAAACGACAGAAAAAAAUAAAAAAAAUAAAAAUAUACUACGCAGCGUUGUUGGCGUCGACAAAAAGCGCCACAGACUGUUUGCAACUUUACACUCGUCGGCGGUUCUCAGUCGCGAAAUGAAGCUGAGCCACUCUCAACGCGUGUGCAACACUUUCAACUAAGCAACAAAACCGCAUAAUAACAACAAAAACAACACAACAGUGAACUAAAUAUGGGCGAGUUACUCAAGGCGCUCAAUUUGACGGGCAAUUUGCUUGCCGGCCUUGACGACAACAGUCUUGAGAACAGCGCGCAGCCCGCUGACAGCACAGAGCCCAGCUUCAAUGCAAAUGCAACAGUGGCCAAUGCCACAAGCAGUGCAGAGAAGUUACAGCUGGAUGGCUUUGAUCUGCCAGGCAAUUAUUCCAUAUUGAUAAACAAAUUGGAGCAGCUGGCGCUGGGGCUGGACUCGGCGCUGGGCAACUUCACCAUUGAUCGCCAGGAGGUGGAGAUCAAUUUAAGCGGCAGCGCCACUGCCAACGAUGUAGCCGAUGUAGCUGACGAUCUGCUGUUCAACGAUGUGCUGCCGGCAGCGCAUGCAACACCGCCGCACAUUGCCCACGGCUCACAUAUCUACACCGGCGUGGAUGAGGAUUACACGCAUGUGGUUAGCGAUAUAUGGAUUGGAGUAAUACUCACGCUGCUGAUUGUAUUUAUCAUAUUCUUUAUAUGCGCCUGCUUCUUGUAUCACAAGUUUCAGCAGUGGAAAAACUCAUAUCGCGCCAAUCAUGCUGAUGCCACCAUUGAAGUCUGCCGUCACUGCCCGCCAGACUAUGAGGCAGAGUCGCUUCCAUCCUACACUAUAGUUUCAGGUCUGCCCACCUAUGAUGAUGCACUAGAAGAAUUCCGCAAGGCAGGCAUUAUACUUACACCCACUGUGGUGCCCAUUAUCAAAAUCUUUGAGAAUGUCAACAGUGAGAGCGGCGCCAAGGAACACGCCGUUGCCUACAGCCUGGUGGAGACAAUGCCCGGCAACGAUGCCAAUGCGGAGAACAUUUCGCUGAACUCCAUUAGCUGCAGCUGUGGCGGUAGCACUUCGACAGCAACAUUGCCCAGCUAUAGUGUUGCCACAGCUGCUGCUAUGGCGGCGGCCACAGGUGCGCCUCAGGUGAUUGAACUAUCGCCCGAUCACUUGGCCUCGCUAUCGCAGAAGCGUCUCUCGCUGCAGAUCUCAUUCAACAACUCGCUGCGCAAUCGCUCCCGCUCCACGCUACGUAAUCAUUUGCUGCGCUCUCGCGCCGUGGGCAACACUGCUGGUCUGGGCUUGAAUCCUGUGGACACCACUGUGACCAUUUCGGGUGGCAGUCCCACUCAGAGCAGAGACAGCCAGGUGCUGCCGCCCAUACAUCGCUCCUCCUCAACGGUGUCGUUGACCAACGAACAACAGCUGCUUGAUCAGCGUCUAAGGCACUUGCAUCAUCGCGGCUCCUUGUACUAAAGAGUCCCAGACUGGUCUAUAGAUGCGCCUUAAUAUAAUUGUUAACUGAACAUACUUCAAUUACUUCACACUGUUAGUUAUAAGCGAUCAGAAAUAAAAACAUAUGUUUAUCUACUGUUGAA